UCCUGAAUUUCUUCUUCAUUGAGCAGGCAAAAUUAAGGGAAGUUGGAAAAACAUGGAAAGCUCCGCCGACCAAUGGCCAUUGUUUCGAUUCACAACAAACACAACACCCUCCUUCUCUCCCUCUUCUCCACUUCUUCUUCUUCGUUCUACCCACCACCUGCUCCACCAGACCCCUCUCUGAAUCAUUGAUGAUGUCUCUCAUGGCUGUUGGGACUUCCAAUUCCAUUGACGGGCUUUUGGGUUUGGAAAGGUGGGAUCUUGGAGGUGGUGGACGGAGCUUGAAUGCUGUUGCCUGUCCUUUGAGUUUGAAGUGGGUUGCGGGGAGGAAUGUUGGUGAGAAAGCUUCCCUGAAGUUGGCCGGAGAUGAGACUGCGAUUGUGCCGAUCUCUGCUGCGGAGCUGGAUCGGGUCACCAUGAAUGUGGAUCCUUUGGAGCCUCGGAAGUGGAACAGGGAAUUGAAUUUUCUACCAAAACCAUUAUCCGCCCUUGAUCUUGUGUCUUCUAGUCAAGGGUCUAAUGUUCGGGUGGCAUAUCAGGGAGUGCCAGGGGCAUUCAGUGAGGAUGCUGCUCUCAAAGCCUACCCAAUGUGCGAAACUGUUCCCUGUGAGCAAUGUGAAGUUGCAUUCAAGGCCGUUGAACUGUGGGUAGUUGAUAAAGCUGUUCUUCCCAUUGAGAACUCGUUGGGCGGAAGCAUUCACAGGAAUCACGACUUGCUGCUCUGUCAUAGGCUGCACAUUGUGGGCGAAGUACAGCUAGCCGUCAAUCACUGUCUUAUGGCAAUUCCAGGAGUGAGGAAGGAGGAGAUAAAACGAGUUUUAAGCCAUCCACAUGCACUUGCUCAAUGUGAGUUUAAAUUGGCCAAGCUUGGAGUCAUUCGGCAAAACGUAGAUGACACUGCUGGUGCUGCACAGUUUGUGGCCUCAAAUAAUCUAAAGGAUGCUGGAGCAAUUGCAAGUGCUCGUGCUGCAGAAUUAUAUGGGCUUAAUAUAAUUGAAGAAAACAUGCAGGAUUUCUCUCACAAUAUCACUCGUUUCCUGGUAUUGGCUAGAGAACCUAUAAUUCCAGGAACAGACAGACCUUAUAAGACCAGUGUUGUCUUCAGUCUUGAUGAAAGUCCGGGAGUACUUUUUAAAGCUUUGGCAGUGUUUGCUUUAAGAGAUAUCAGUUUGUUAAAGAUUGAAAGUAGACCACAAAGGAAGCGCCCUUUAAGAGUUGUCGAUGGUUUGAACCAUGGAACUGCCAAGUACUUCGACUACCUUUUCUAUGUCGACUUUGAAGCAUCAAUGGCAGAGCCUCGUGCUCAAAAUGCUUUGUCGCACCUACAGGAAUUUGCGACAUUUCUUCGUGUGCUGGGUUCAUAUCCAAGAGAUUUAUCUGAUUGUUAACACGAUGAUAAAUUCUCCAACCAGAUUCAAAUUCCAUCGUGUCCUCGCAACAUAGAUUCAGUUCCGAGUCUUCUUCUUCUUCUUCUUCUUCUUCUUCUUCUUCUUCUUCUUCGAAAGAUUGAUACAAUGCAUAUGAAAGCUUCAUGAAGGAUUCCCAACACCAACACUGCCGGUCCCGUCAUUUGUCCCAGAUUUAAUUUUUACAGAAGAGAGUACAAAAAGAAAAAAAGAAAAAAAAAAAAAAUCGAGUUGUUGUUGGAGAUUUGCUAUGAUCAUGCAAUUUUGUAAACCGUACAUCAUGCAAUGACUGUAAUUUCAGUUUCAUGUUAAUUCAAUGACUUCAUCAAAAUCUUGGUCA